AUGCCACCGGUGACGACGUUCCUACCAGACGCCCGAGUUGCCUCCGCUUCGACUGACAACAUCAUCCCUACCGAUGCCAACGCCAACGCAGCCUCAUCUGCCAGCACGGCCCUGUCGUCGUCAUCAUCAUCAUCAUCAUCGUCGUCGUCAGCAGAAGCCUCGGUUCUGGACGCUCAAACUCGGCCUGUACGCGAAGAGCCAACAGACGAGCGUACAUGCUGGAUAUGCCUAGAAGCAGAACCAAAGGAGGACUCCAAGUCUGACGAGACUGUCUGGGUGCAUCCCUGCCACUGUACCCUCGUUGCCCAUGCCGACUGUCUGGAUACAUGGCUCAACGAUCGCUCCUCUCGUCCCGACAGACAUCUCGACAGACUGCAGGGCGGCACCAAUCAGCCCGACCGCCAGCUGCGUACGCUCAUGCGCAUAGAACAAGACGCGUCACUGCAGCUCAGCCGACAGCGAGAGCGACUGCAAGCCGUACGUCACCGUGAACACGUUCUCUCGAGCCGGCUCGAUCAGCUCAGAGCGCAGCUGUCCAGCACGCAGUACGAGCAUCUCCAGCUCGCCCAUACUGCCCUGCUGCGUGAUGUCGAAGACAUGCAGCGCGAAUUCAUCGCGCUUCAGCAGCACGCACUGCAGGCCAGGCGCGCUGUUCGCGAAGUGCGAGAUGCAGAUCAGUUCGCUAUCGCUCAGUCUGCGAGAUGCCCGGUUUGCAAUGCCGAGUAUGACAUCCGAACGCCGAGCCCGCAUUGGUUCCUUGACGUUUACUGUCGCAGCGUGACCUGCUUCAACGAUUGGUCAACGAUCAGCUACGCUGUCACCCUUGGCUCAGCUGCCCUUGCUGGUGUUGCGACGCACGGGAUCGUUAGCACCCGCCUCUGGGCAGGUCCAGAUGUAUUUCGCCACCUGGUUGCCACCCUGCUCUCGAGCCACGCCGCUGCUGCAAAAGCGAUCCUCGGUUGGUUGCCUAUGAUUCCUGCCUCGCUCAUUUUGAGUCGCAUGUCACUUUGCGAUCGAGGUCCGCUCUGGCUCUCCCUAUGGCCUUAUGCCCUCUUCUGGGAUAGUGAGCCGCUAAUCUUUCCCGUCAGCUUGCAACCCCUCCAAUCGAACGCGGAUAUCGCCAUACGCGCGGAUGUUAAAGGUCUAGGCUAUAUACCGUCCAGUCUGCUCAUCAAAACCAGUCAAGCCAUUACUUGGGCCUUUGGAAGAGAACCUGUCGCUUUUGCGCCCGCCUUCUUCAGCCAGUCUACGAAGCACGCCUAUCCGCUGUGUUCUGCCGAUGAACUUGCCCAAGCUCGAUUGGGCGGCAUUGCCUACAUGCUCCCGGGACCGUCUCUGACACUUGUUGGCCUGUCCUUUGUGCGCUUUGCAUACAUCCGAGCGCGCGACGUCAUCUUCUCACUCGUACUGCCACCGGCGACUACGUCUGUCAUACGCGUAAUCGAUGCAGAGGAGGCUGCCGCUACUCAUAGGCGACCGGGCGGAGCUGCGACUGAGGAGCCAGCAGAUUGGCGGCAGACACUACGCGGUCGUCAUCGUCGACAAGCUGCCGCUGAGCAGGAUGCUGAGGAGCCCGAAGAGGUCGCAGUGGCGGCACCCAUAGUGGUGCCGCCGGCGAACCCAGAGGAUGAUGUACAUGAUCUUGGCGACGUGAUUCACUUGAUCUUCACCUUCGGCUCAGUGCUACGUCUCAUGCAAACUGCACUGCUCUUUCCGGCAGCUUGCAGCCUGUCCGGACACGGCCUCGUGAAGCUCAGUCGAAUGCCUCGCUUUGCAUCCCUUCGUCCAUUGCUCUGUCUGCCGCCGCUUGCCAAUGCGCAAGUGAGCGUCGAAGUUGCGUCAGAUAUUGUGGAUCCAGUCUGGAUUCGCAAUUCGAUCGGUGGCUGUUCGCUGGUCGUGGCGAAGGAUGUCAUCAAGCUGGUGGCACGUUUGCUCGAUCGCAAGCGCUCUGGUCAGCGCAGUAUUGUCUCAUACCCCUUCACGCCCAGACAAGCAGACGCCUAUCCGCGACCAGGCUCGACCACUACGCACUAG